AUGAGCAACAAUCAUAGUGAAACACUUAAUAAUCUCGUUAAAGAAAUUGUCGAGGAACAGAAUGAAGCAAUUAUUCGAAGAAUAGUUGAAGAAAAAAUUAACAGAAUUGUAAGAGAAGAAUCAUCCAAGACUCAUGAUGAUCGUGUAAGAAGAAUUAUUAAGGAAGAAUUAGAACACAAUGAAAGAGGAGAAGAAAGAAGGGAAGAAGAAUUCAAACCAGAAGAUGAAAAAAGUGCGCAUAUUGUGAUUCAUGCUCCACAUCAUCAUUAUUCUGAACAUCGUCGUGAGCGCGAGUUUAGAGAGAGUGAACGAAAAUUACAUGAGAUGUUAAAGGAUUUGAAGAUUAGUUUCCGUUUUGAGGAUCAUUUUUGUUAA